AUGGACGAAGCUACAGAGCAGAUCAAAGAAAACCACAACAAAACUUUCAUGCAGCGGCAAGAGUACAUUGAUCUACAGAAGGCUGAAGCAAAGCGCAAAGCUGACACCGACAACUGGCAAGAGUACACGCGUCUUAGCAAAGAAUUCCGCGGAAUGAAGAAAGAAGACGAUCCGGAUAAUGAUAUCAUGUUGUCCAACAUGGCGGUACGUAUUCGCAGCAUUGAAAAGGACCUUGGUAUCACCAACAGCAUCACCGAUGGGUAUUAG